AUGGACGCCGACGACGUAGAAGCUACCAAGAUGUACAUCUCGUACAACAACGUGCAUCAGUUGUGUCAGGAAUCUGCCAACAAAAUCAAACAGUUUAAACCCGACUUGAUCAUUGCCAUUGGUGGUGGUGGGUUCAUCCCAGCAAGAAUGUUACGUUCAUUUUUGAAGGAACCUGGUCAACCCAAUGUUCGUAUCAUGGCCAUCAUUUUGUCUUUGUAUGAAGAUAUUGAGACUGUAGGAAGUCAAGCCGAGUCGGUUGGUACUCAAGUUGUUAGAACUCAGUGGAUCGAUUACCACCAGUCAAAGGUGGACCUUGUUGGGAAGAAUGUAUUGAUUAUUGAUGAGGUUGACGAUACCAGAACCACGUUGCACUAUGCGGUUUCUGAGCUCAAGAAGGAUGUAGAGGAACAAGCUAAAGCCAAAAAUGCUGAUCCCAAAGACACAAAGUUUGGUAUCUUUGUUUUACACGACAAAGACAAGCCAAAGAAGGCAGAUUUGCCCGAUGAAAUUAUGAAAACUGGAAAUUAUUUCGCUGCCAGAACCGUGCCUGACUGCUGGAUAGCAUACCCUUGGGAAAGUGUAGAUAUUGUGUACCACACAAAGAGGGCCAUGGAACAGGGAAACGAUGUAUUUUUACCUUGA